AGAAGCAACCAAUGAAUGCAUAAAUAAGUGGAACAAAUGGUUUCUCUCUCAAAACAGUUUAAAAAAAAAAAAAAACCACACACACACUUUACACAGAGUAGGUGUUUAAUAACUGGUAGCUGGUUUUGAGAAAUACUUCGUCUCCCCACUUUAGCUUCCUCACCUGUGAAAUGGAAAUUAUAACACCACCUCAUAAUGUUAGGAGAUUGGAGCUAAAGUAUGAACGCCUCCACUGUUGCCUCUGUCUGGAGAUUUGUUGCAGCUUGUUGACUGUCGUCAAAGGAGAGAAGUGUCAGGAUGGUGGUGGAGCUGGGAAAAAAAAACUUGAGCUUAAGAGUCUGAAAAUGGCUACAGGUCCUUGCUGUGGUCCUUCUCCCUGUGGUUUUCUGGACCAGUCACCUGAAACCUCAAGCUCUUCAUCAACAAAAAUGUUGUGGCAGACCAGCUGCAGGCACCAUGAGCACCAAGGCCUUCACGUUGGUCUCUGCCGUGGAGCCGGAGCUACUGAUGGGCGACAAAGAGCGUGUCAACAUAGAGUGCGUGGAGUGCUGCGGCAAGAACCUGUACGUGGGCACCAGCGACGGCUCCAUCCACCACUUCCUGCUGGAGGAGCAGCCCCUGCCUGCCGGGACGGCCGCCUUCACGGCCACCAGGCAGCGGCACAGGCACCUGGGCUUCAGGAAGCCGGUGACCGAGCUGCGCGCGGCGUCGGCCCUGCACCGACUGCUGGUGCUCUGUGACUGCUCCAUCACUCUGGUGCACAUGCGGAGCCUGGAGCCUGUGCCCUCCGGGGCCCGCAUCAAAGGGGCCGUGGCCCUGGCCUUGAACGAGAACCCGGUCAGCGGGGACCCGUUCUGUGUGGAGGUCUGCAUCAUCUCUGUGAAGCGCAGAACCGUUCAGGUGUUCAUGGUGUACGAGGACCGAGUUCAAAUCGUCAGGGAAGUGUCCACGCCGGAGCAGCCCCUGGCGGUGGCUGUGGACGGCUACUUCCUGUGCCUGGCUCUGACCACCCAGUACAUCAUCCUGAACUACCACACGGGCGUCGCCCAGGACCUGUUUCCGUACUGCGGCGAGGAGAAGCACCCCAUCGUCAAGAGGAUAGGGAGGCAGGAAUUCCUCCUGGCGGGCCCCGGGGGACUGGGCAUGUUUGCCACAGUUGCUGGGAUUUCUCAGCGAGCUCCGGUGCACUGGUCAGAGAAUGUGAUUGGGGCGGCCAUCUGCUUCCCCUAUGUCCUAGCGCUCGAUGACGAAUUCAUCACAGUUCACAGCAUGUUGGAUCAGCAGCAAAAGCAGACCCUGCCCUUUAAAGAAGGCCACAUUCUACAGGAUUUUGAAGGAAGAGUGAUUGUUGCCACAAGUAAAGGGGUUUACAUCUUGGUUCCAUUACCUCUGGAAAAACAGAUACAGGAUCUUCUAUCCAGCCACAGAGUGGAGGAGGCCUUGGUUUUAGCAAAAGGAGCCCGGAGGAACAUUCCAAAGGAAAAGUUUCAGGUGAUGUACAGAAGGGUUCUGCAGCAGGCGGGGUUUAUACACUUUGCACAACUUCAGUUCCUGGAAGCCAAAGAGCUCUUCAGAAGCGGCCAGCUUGACGUCCGGGAGCUGAUCUCUCUCUACCCCUUCCUGUUGCCCACCUCCUCUUCAUUCACACGGUCUCACCCUCCUCUCCACGAGUAUGCAGACCUGAACCAGCUGACCCAGGGGGACCAGGAGAAGGUGGCCAAGUGCAAGCACUUCCUCAUGAGCUACUUGAAUGAAGUCCGCAGCACGGAGGUAGCCAAUGGCUACAAAGAAGAGGUGGACACGGCCCUGCUCAAGCUGUACGCGGAGGCCGACCACGACAGUCUGCUGGACCUCCUGGUCACCGAGAACGCCUGCCUCCUGACGGACAGCGCUGCCUGGCUGGAGAAGCACAAAAAGUACUUUGCACUUGGACUGCUCUACCAUUACAACGGCCAGGAUGCGGCUGCAGUUCAGCUGUGGGUGAACAUCGUGAACGGGGAUCUUCACGACGCCACACGCGCAGACCUGUACGAGUAUGUCGUGGACUUCCUCACCUGCAGCUCGGACCAGGCGCUGGUGUGGAAGUACGCCAACUGGGCCUUGCAGAGGAGUGAGGAGCUUGGAGUUCAAGUUUUCACCAAGAGACCUUUGGAGGAGCAGCAGAACAGUUUUAAUCCAGACGAUAUUCUCAUUUGCCUUAAGAAGUACCCAAGCGCCCUUGUCAGAUACUUGGAACACCUGGUGAUGGACAGGAAGCUGCAGAGGGAAGAGUACCACACGCACUUGGCCAUCCUCUACCUGGACGAGGUGCUGCAGCGGAGGCCCGGGGCCGGCGGCAAGGACGCAGACCUGACCGAGACCCAGGCGAAGCUGCGACGCCUGCUGCAGAAGUCCGAUUCCUACCGGGUCCACUUCCUGAUGGAGAGAGUGCAGGGCGCCGGGCUGCCCAUGGAGAGGGCCAUCCUGCACGGGAAGCUGGAGGAGCACGAGAAGGCCCUGCACACCCUGGUGCACGAGCUGAGGGACUUCCCGGCGGCCGAGGACUACUGCCUGUGGCGCUCCGAGGGCCGGGGCCCCGCCUACCGGCAGCGGCUCUUCCACACGCUGCUGGCCCUGUACCUCGGCCCCAGCCCCUCCGCCCCCAGCCCCUCCACCCCCGAGCUGGCCGUGGCCGCAGUGGACCUCCUGAACCACCACGCCGCCGAGUUUGACGCCGCCCAGGUUCUGCAGCUGCUGCCGGGCACCUGGUCAGUGCAGCUGCUCUGCCCGUUCCUGACGGGGGCCAUGAGGGACAGCAUCCACAGCAGGAGGACCGCUCAGGUGGCGCUCGGCCUGGCCAAGUCUGAAAACCUGAUCUACCAGUACGACAAGAUGAAGUUGAAAGGAAGCGCGAUUCGGCUCUCAGACACAAGGUUGUGCCAGAGGUGCCACAGCCCCUUCUGCGAGCCUGCGUUUGUGAGGUGCCCGGACGGCGGCCUUGUGCACACCCACUGCGCUGCCAGCAGACGCGCGGACAGCAGCUCCUCCAGCCCGGGCGCGCGGACUUGAGGGGCUGUCCCGGGCACCAGGGCACCGCGAGUUCUUGACACACCAGGCCUGCUGACGUGAGGGGCAGAAAGCCUUGGAGGAUGUCAGCAGAGACAGGUGACAUCUGGGUGCCGGAGGCAUCAGUCAGUGUGAAACGAGGACUCGUCCCUGCUGACCAGUCUGCAUUGAAUGUAAAUGGAAAACCCAAAAAGAGAGACAUGCGGGAGUUCGCCUGUCCAGACACGUGGUCACCCAAAACAGGUGUCCUCUCGGAAAGAAAAGAGCCUUCCCGGUGCACGCCACACUCACCGGGUCCCUGAGCCCCGCCCGACCUUCAGGGUGGCACGCAGGGGACCUCUCUGGCCAGGUGAGUGGCAGGGCAGAGUCCUGUGCGGGAAGUUCACCAUCGUACUCCUCCCGUGUGGGUGCGUGCUCCAUCCACGGCGCAGCCACCAGGUCCCGUCUGUGUCCUGGACGGCCUCAUGGGCUCUGCUUUUGCCCUUGGCAUUGGCUGACCUUAGUGCAGUGUCUCCGUUCCUUCCUGCUUCCUGUCUGGCGUCAGCCCUGGAAGUUGCUCCUCUGUGCACCGAGCACCCCCUUUCGCAAAGUCAGACGCUCUGGCUGCCUGGCAGUGAAGACCCACGUGGAGCCGGCGGAGCGCGAGAGAAGCUGCCUGUCCUCGAAGACCACAGCGGUGACGGGAGCCCAUGGGGGUGGCCCAGGGUGUGCCCUACUGUCUUUGUCUGCUGGUCUGAACUCCACGGAGAAUGUGCUUGACUAAAACUUUUUUUGAAGUUGUAUCAUCGUUGCAGAAAGUAUCUGUCAUGUUUGUUAGGGUGUUUUGUUUUGUCACAGUGAACCUCCUGUUGAAUACUCGGGAAACUAAAAGGGAAACGUCAGGAGCACACACCGAACGUGUGUUCAGCAGAGGCCGGCUUUGCCCUCAAGCUCAGCAGGGCAGGCCUCGGGUGACAGCUGCCCGUGCACAGGGAGGCGCCACCUUUCCCGCGGCAGCGCCACACGCCCCAGGAAGCCCGGCCAGGCUGCCUCCCCCAGCACUGCGCACGCCUGCAGGCGGGGAGGCGCGCCCCUCAGACUGCAGGCUCCUGCCGCCGCCCUGCAGAGGCUGAAGCUGGCUGCACUGCCCUCUCCAGGCUCCUCCCUUUGACGAUCGAGUCUGUGCAGUGUACUCCUUGGACCCCUGCGUGACGCUUGGAAACCAGCAUCCGCUUCUGUGUGUGAGGAGAGGCCCUGGAGCCUGCCCUCUGCCUCAGCCUCACACAGGGAGAGCUCCCUCUCGUCCUCAGACAGAGCUUCCUGUCCUCGCGCUGGCCAGAAGGGCAAGGCGUCAUCCGCGCGUUCUUUCCUCACCGUGUCUCAGUGACCUGAAGAACGAGUGAUGGGGACAGGCUCUCUGCAGUCAGCCAGGUGCUGUGUGCACGGCACAGACGCGAGCCCCAGCGUGUUCCAGCCCGUGGGUGAGCGCACGGCUCGGCGCAGCCUGUGCGCAGGACCCGCUGCCCGGAGGGCGAGGGGCUGGGUGCAGCGUCGUGCACUUUGAGGAGCGCUGGCUCUGCUCUGGGCGAGCCUGGGAGGCCUUGUGCCGGCUCGCUCCUAGCUGGGCCUCGGCUCUUCCUUCUCUGCACAUUGACCCAUGUCUCAAAACGUUUGUUUUCCUUUAGAAUAAUGGGAUUACAGUUGAUCAGUUUUCCAUCUCUCCUGAAUCCUCUAAGACAGGCAGAAUCCUGACACUGCAGAAUUACCUCCUGUGUUCACAACCCGUCCUUUCUCAAACUCCCACAAGGCUCUUUUCUCAAACCACGUUUUGAAAAGAAACACAUGGUUCUUCGUCAGGCCUGCUGUGCUGUGACUGCUGUGGACGGGUUAGCACUGUCACUCAGCCCCGCCCCCUCCGUAGGCUCCGUGUAACCGGUCUAGUUAGAGCCUCAUGAACCGAACUCCGUUGUCAUUGAUGCUCUGUGGGCAAGACUAUUUAACGUUACGAACUGUUGAUCUGCUGUUGCCCGUCAAGUAUUCACAUGGGAACGCCGUGUCGGCUGUGGAGCAUGUCGGCUGUGGAGCGGGGCCUGAGCUCCGGGCAGCCGUGCGAAGGGCGUGGCCUCGUCACGCGGCAGCUGGCGCCUGUCACAGCCCAGAGCCCUGUGUUCUUGCUGCUCUGGAAGCCGUUGUCCUUGCCACUCUGCCCUUUGCCCCUGGUUGGGUCCCAGACACACAAGAUGUACAAAUGUAAACCUGUUGAUUUUAUUAAAACUCUUUUAAUUGUU